AUGCACGAGCCAGCAACAGAGUUAGGGGCCGAAGUGCAGCUUUCAGACAUACCCAUGACACCCGAUGAUGAUUUAUCCAGCCUGCUACCUGACUUCGGCCAUACAGACUUUGCCAGCAACGACGUCAACCAGGACUUGCUCUUCCUUUCACAGCUGGCCGCUUCCAGUACGGCGGAGCUCGUGAACCCGUCGUAUCCUCCCAACCCUAGUCCCGCCAUGCCACGUCUCUCUUCUUCAACAUCCCGUCUAGGGAUACCGGGGAUAUCCCAAUUAGCCAGUAGCCCGAGCAUCGCAAAUCUGCACAUGCCCUCGUGCACAUGUCUCCAGUCUACUCUGACCCUCUACGAAAGUAUCCGCGCCGUGCAGUGGCGUGCCCAAUGUGGUGCCAGCGCGGGCCUUUCGCGCGAAAUGGCUCAUCUGAUCCUUAAAGCCUGCAAGUUGGCCCUAAAUCAGUGCCAUCGGCUCAUCGGAUGCUCCUCGUGCAAGCGUGAGCCACUGUUCGUGAUGUUGCUCUGUUCUGUCUGCGACCAGUGUCUGACCUGUUUUGAGACCUUUCACGACUCGCACCAGAGGCGAUUGCGAAGUAGGAGUAUGACCUCCUCGUCGACCGGAAGCAGUUUCGUCAAUGCAUCCGAGGCGCGCUCGGAAAUGGAUCAGCUUGGGGAGAUUGUGCAACUGGCCAAUUUGCCGUUUGGCGAUGUGCCAGUAUUGUUGGAUGAUGAGGAUGAUAUCAACAUGACUUGUAGCUUGUUGACCACGCGGGUGGCCUCGAUGGUGAGCCUGCUGCGGUUAUUGGGGCCAAUAAUUGAUGGUUGUGGGUGGAGGACCCAUCAUGAUACUUUCUCGGUGUUGCAGAAGCGCUGUCAAGGACUGGCGUAUACAUUGCAGACCAAGUCUAAAGCCCGGUAG